AUGAGUUCAACUGUUGUGAGCCCUAUUGUCAGGGACUCCAAAUUGUUGAUUCCAAGAAGUAUGGUCUCAAAGCCAUACUUCUUACCAUUUUUCCCAUUAUAUGCAACUUUUUUACAAGUUUAUUUAACAGAUUACGAUCGUUAUCUAGGUGGUUCUGAAUGGACUUUUGUUGUUUUAGGUAGCAUUGUUUCAAUUCAUUUAUUGGUAUUUUUAAUGCCUUCUUGGAAUGUUAAGAUAAAUGCUUUGUUUAACUAUACUAGUGUUAAAUCUGUAGACGAAGCUAGUAAUAUUUUAUUACAUACUACUUCAAAUAAUGGUUCUGAUGGAAUUGUAUCUAUCCAAAGAGUUACAGAAGAUGGCGUACUACAAGUGUUCUUUGAAUUCCAAAAGAAGAGAUUCUUAUGGCAUGAAAAGGAAAACGUUUUCUCUCCACCAAAGUUUUUGAUUGAUAAUUCACCAAAAAUUGGUGAUUUUGUAAAUUGUAAAGGUUUAAAAGGUGACUUGACUCAUUCCAGAAGACUUUAUGGUACAAAUUCCUUUGAUGUCCCUGUUCCAAAAUUCUUAGAAUUGUUUAAAGAACAUGCAGUCGCACCUUUAUUCAUUUUUCAACUUUUUUGCAUCACUUUAUGGUUAUUAGAUGAAUUUUGGUAUUAUUCUUUGUUCAACUUAUUUGUCGUGGUCUCAAUGGAAGCUGCUUCAGUCUUCCAACGUUUGACUACUUUGAAUGAAUUUAGAACCAUGGGUAUUAAACCUUUUGAACUAUACGUUUACAGAGAUGGUAAAUGGCAAGCUAUUCAAUCUGACCAAUUACUACCAAUGGAUUUGAUUUCUAUCACUAGAACUGCUGAAGACAGCGCUAUUCCUUGUGAUUUGGUUCUAGUUGAUGGAUCUUGUAUUGUCAAUGAAGCUAUGUUAUCUGGUGAAUCUACUCCUCUUUUGAAAGAAUCAAUUAAAUUACGUCCUCAAGAUGAUUACUUACAAAUCAAUGAUCUUGAUAAAAAUUCUAUUCUUCAUGGUGGUACCAAAGCUCUUCAAGUCACUGCUCCAGAAUCAGCUUCUGGUGGUAUUCCAUUACCACCAGAUGGUGGUGCUUUGGCGGUUGUAACCAAAACUGGUUUUGAAACUUCACAAGGUUCCUUGGUUCGUGUUAUGAUCUUCUCCUCUGAACGUGUUUCAGUUGAUAAUAAGGAAGCAUUAUUCUUUAUUCUAUUCUUAUUGAAUUUCGCUAUCUUCGCUUCUUGGUAUGUCUGGGUCGAAGGUACUAGAAUGGGUAGAAUUCAAUCUAAGUUAAUCCUUGAUUGUAUUUUAAUUAUUACUUCUGUUGUUCCACCUGAGUUACCAAUGGAAUUGACUAUGGCUGUAAACAGUUCUUUAGGUGCCUUGUCAAAGUUCUAUAUUUACUGUACAGAACCUUUUAGAAUUCCUUUAGCUGGUAGAAUUGAUGUUUGUUGUUUUGAUAAAACUGGUACUUUGACCGGUGAAGAUUUGGUCUUCGAAAGUUUAGCUGGUUUAUCUGAAGACGUUGAAGACAUUCGUCACUCUUAUUCAGCUGCAGAAGCUCCACAAAACACAGUUUUAGUAGUAGGUGCUGCACAUGCUUUGGUUAGAUUGGAUGAUGGUGAAGUGGUUGGUGAUCCAAUGGAAAAGGCUACAUUGAAAGCUUUUGGCUGGAAGGUUAAUGAUAAGGAUAUUGCAAGUAAGAAAGAUAUUGGUGAUAUCAAAAUUUUACGUCGUUUCCAAUUUUCUUCUGCUUUAAAAAGAUCAUCGUCUGUUGCUUCCCACAAAAGUAAAAUGUUUGCUGCCGUUAAAGGUGCCCCUGAAACUAUUCGUGAAAGAUUAACUACUGUUCCUAAGAAUUAUGAUGAAAUUUACAAGUCAUUUACUCGUUCUGGUUCUAGAGUUUUGGCUUUGGCUUCCAAGAACUUGAAGAAAAUGUCUAAUUCUGACAUUGAUAACUUACAACGUGAAGAUGUCGAAGAACGUUUGACAUUUGAUGGUUUUUUGAUUUUCCACUGUCCUUUGAAGUCUGAUGCUAUCGAAACUAUUAAAAUGUUAAAUGAAUCAUCCCAUCGUUGUGUUAUGAUUACUGGUGAUAAUCCAUUAACUGCUGUUCAUGUUGCUAAGGAAGUCUCUAUUGUUGAAAGAUCAACUUUAAUCUUGGAUAGAGUUAGUGAAUCAAAUGAUGAACUUCUAUUUUUUACUGUUGAUGAAUCGGUUAAGAUUCCUUUCAAUCCAAAUGCGGAUAAAUUUGAUCGUGCUAAAAUUUUUGAUAAAUAUGAUAUUGCUGUAACUGGUUAUGCUUUGGAUUUGUUAAAGAAACAUUCCCAAUUAAGAGAUUUGCUUCGUCAUACUUGGGUCUAUGCUCGUGUUUCCCCAUCUCAAAAGGAAUUUAUUUUGAACGAAUUGAAGGAUAUGGGUUAUAAAACAUUGAUGUGCGGUGACGGUACCAAUGAUGUUGGUGCCUUAAAACAAGCUCAUAUUGGUGUUGCUCUAUUGAACGGUUCUGAAGAAGGUAUGAAAAAAAUGAUUGAAGAUAGAAGAAUUGAAAAUAUGAAGAAUGUCUAUAACAAGCAAAUUGAAUUAUUUGGAAAAUGGGGCCAACCAGCUCCAAUUGUUCCUGAAUUAAUUGCUCAUUGUUAUCCACCAGGUCCUAAGAAUCCACAUUAUUUGAAGGCUUUGGAAAAAACCGGUGUUACAAUAACUCCUGAAAUCAGAGACUUGGUUACUAAGGCUAAUUCUAAACCUGCAGAAGCUCCUAAACCAAUUGAUACAUCCAAAGGCAAACCAAGUGGUAGUGAUCUUGCUUCAUUGUUAAUGAAUUCUUCAGAUGCAGAUGCCGAAGAAGUUCCAACUCUAAAGCUUGGUGAUGCAUCUUGUGCUGCUCCAUUUACUUCCAAGUUAGCCAAUGUUUCUGCUGUUACACACAUUAUUCGUCAAGGUCGUUGUGCUUUGGUCAACACUAUUCAAAUGUAUAAGAUUCUAGCCUUAAAUUGUUUGAUUAGUGCCUACUCUCUGUCUGUUAUCUAUUUAGCAGGUGUUAAAUUUGGUGAUGGUCAAGCUACUGCAUCCGGUCUAUUAUUAUCUGUUUGUUUCCUAAGUAUUUCUCGUGGUAAGCCAAUUGAAAAGUUAUCUAAGACAAGACCACAAGCUGGUAUCUUUAACGUUUACAUUAUGGGGUCCAUUUUAUCACAAUUUGCUGUCCAUAUUUUUACCCUGAUCUAUAUUACAACUGAAAUUUAUAAAUUAGAACCAAGAGAACCACAAGUUGACUUGGAAAAGGAAUUCAGUCCAUCGUUAUUAAACACUGGUAUAUUCUUGGUCCAAUUAGCCCAACAAAUUUCUACAUUUGCCGUUAACUAUCAAGGUGAACCAUUUAGAGAAAACAUCUCUAAUAAUAAAGGUAUGUACUAUGGUUUGAUCGGUGUUACAUGUCUAGCAGUUGCUGGUGCCACUGAAUUUAUCCCCGAAUUAAACGAAUCCCUAAGUUUUGUCCCAAUGGAUGAAGUCUUCAAAUUUAAAUUGACCUCAACUUUAUUCCUUGAUUUCUUCGGUUCUUUAGCUGCUGAGUAUUUCUUCAAAUAUUUCUUUAUGGAUGACAAGCCAGCUGAUAUUACCAUUCGUUCCAUCGAAAUCGCUUAA